AUGUCUGAUCAAAAGGAGUCACCACCAAGUGGUGUAAAACCUUCCUCUUCUCAACCCAUUAGCACUUCCAGCUCUUCUGAUUCAAAAGAGAAUCUCACAGAAAAUUUACUAGACAACUUGCUUCCUGAAAUCCUUGUGACAGAAGAAAAAGAAGAAUCUUCUACAGAAAUAAGUCGCAAAAGGCCAGAGUUGCUGAUUCAGGAUACCACCAAAACUCCACCUCCUUCCACAGCUCCUUCCCUAUCUUUAGACUCUUUUACUUUUUCUCCAGUUAAAAGUGAUGACAAACAACUGAAAGCCCCAGGACUAGCACCAUUUUUAUCAAGCAGCUCAGAGGAAGCACUGUUCAAAGAAGGAUUGGAGGAUAUCCGGAAAAUAACAUCAGGGUUAGGCUUACCUUUCCUUUUAGGCUAUUCUGAUGACUCUUCCAGCUCAUCUGGUUUUAUCCCAAUUCCACUGUCUGUUCCUCCGAAGGAACUUGAAGGCAAACUAUUACUGGUCCACGCAUCUCGUUCAGUGCACCGUGCCACUCAGACCUCCUGGUUAGAAAAUGACUCUGAUUUAUCUUCCACGGAAAAUAUUACAUCUUCCACCACGGUUGUUACAAAAAAAAACAACAGUGCUGUUCGGUCAUGGGAUCAAGCAAGCUGCAGUCCAGAAAAGCAGGCUGAUAUGUAUAUUAAAGGAACAAGAAAUCCAUCACCUACCAGGACGUAUCAGACUGUGUUUAGGAUAAUCCUACAAGAAUUGCUAGAACGAGAAUUACAAGAAGCUGAUAUUGACGUGGCGCCCUCUGCUCGGCUAAAACAAGAUACCCGAAUGAGACUUGCCCACAUGUUUAAAACCAAUUUUGAAAGAUACAAGGAUGUUUUUAACCGGAUUGUGAACAGAAGAAAAACCACCAUAACAAUCAACUCAGACAUAGCAAAUUGGAAAUACAUGGCCAAGUACCUUAUAAUACCCACUCCAUCAGAGACAUCUUCUUCUAUUCCCUCUAUCGAGGACCUCUUGAUAAUAGAUGAAGGGUGGCUAGAAGAGAUUGCUAAGGUUCACCGAGGGAUAGGUCUCCCAACAUUUUACAAAGAUAUUGAGGGUAAAGAGAAACCUGAGUCUCAGCCAUUCUCCAUUUUCUUUCCAGAUGGGUCAGGUCAGAUUUUUUACCCAUCAGGGAACAUAGCACUGAUUAUCUUUAGCAAGGAAAAGUCUGAUGUCUACACCUACAUAAUUUUCAAAGACCAAAGAGUAAUGACCAUGCAGGCCCUCAUUAACAGCUUGGGACACGCCACCUUCCACAAAAACAACGAGGAAAUCUGGGUAUGUCUGAGUUUCAAUCUUGGCUUCUACUUUUAUGGAAAAAGAAAGCAGAAGACUUGGAACUGGUGGGAUGAUUCACAGCACGUUCAUGCACCCCCUUACAAAUCUAUUAAUCUCAACCUUAAUCCAAGUUGUAAGGUCAACAUCAAAACUCAGGAUAACUUGCUUCUCACCUUCAGUUCCCACACCAACAAAAUCCGCCUAAAUGUGGGCACCAAGGCCAAGGUCAAAGACCAGCAAUGCGGGAUCAAACUGAAAAGCAAGGAAAUCCUGGAAACCUCCAGAAUCCAGAAAGAAGUCCAAAUGAUAAACGAGCUCCUGAAGAAAAUGAAAAAGAUUCUGAAUAGAUUGACUAAAACUGAUCUGGAGUACUUCAUAAAAGGCAGCCCAUUCAUGUCCGAGCUGGAACAACAUAUUCGCAAGGGAAGGCUCAGCAAAAUACUUUUAAACCGUUAACUUCUGUGAUAGAGCAGGCUUUCUCCAUGAUGCCACCAUGCCAAAGGCACUCAUUGGUGCUCAGGAAUUUGGGGACCAUUUAAGGCCCGGUCAUAGACUCUUAAAGAUAGAGUGUUUGGUAAAGGCAUUUGGGGGAUUAAUUUAUUUCUUUUAAAUGUUGAAGGACUUCCAUCUACUCUAACACACAAAUCUUAACACUCUGCCCUCUUUGCAUAAGAUCCAAAGUUAAUCAUAAUGAGAAUCUGGGCAGCAAGCUGGUAAAGUGUUUAGAACUCCAGGGCUGGAAGUUGGGAAGACUCAAUUUCAAAUCUAGCCUCAAGCCUGUGCAAGUCAUUUAAUCCUGUUUGCCUCAGUUACCUCAUCUGUAAAAUGAGCUAGAAAAGGAAAUGGCAAACCAUUCCAGUAUCUUUGCCAAGAAAAACCUAAAUGGGGUCAUGACUGAAUAUAAUUAAAUAAGGAAAUACUAGUAGCUAGCUUUUCUAUAACAUCUUAGUUUGCCAAAUUCUUUACAAGUAUUAUUUCCUUUUAUUCUCACAACAGUCUUGUGGUGUAUAGGUCGUUAUUAUAAUAAGACCCAUUUUAUGAAGUAUGAAACUGAAGCUAAACGGUUAAGUGAUUUGCCCAGUCACACUAUCAAAGGCAGCAUUUGAACUCCAGCAAGACAAAUUCCCUUCUUCAGGAUCUAGUUUUGGUCAGCUUUGACGCGGUGAUUACCUCUCUGCAUUAGCCCUUACUCACCCAGUUUCUGAGGCCUUUUUUUUAGGUGUUUUUGAGUAUGAACAGCCUUUCCUGGGACCAGCUCUGAUCAGCAUCCUUUGUGAUAAGAUCUAUUUAUGAGAAUCCCUUGAUUGGGAAAAUAGCAAACAACAAUCACCAGCUCUCAGAGGGCUACCUAAGGGCUGUGUAGUUUCUGAAAGGAUGUUUUUUGGAAGCAUGCAUUACAGAAAGCCCCCUGAGCUCUUUGUGAAGUAGCAAAGAACUGGAAACAAUGUAAAUUGAAAGAUCACAGAGGAGCCAGAAGGGACCUCUCAUCCAACCUCUUUGUUUUACCAAUUAGGAAACUCAAGCCCAGAAUGGUGAGGUGACUUGUGGGCAGUAAAAGCAUCAGAAGAUUAGGCUUGGAAAUCCCAGACCCAGAGCUACUGUUUGCUCCUUUAAAUCAUGCUACUUUUCCCUAGAGGCCCAUUGACUGGGGAAUGGCUAAACAAAUGAUGGUAUGUGAAUAUAAUAGAACAUUCUUGUAUAAUAAGAAAUAUGGAUCGAGAAGCAUUGAAUUAUUUCUAAGACCUGCUGCAAUAUGAAGGAAGCAGAACCAGGAAGCCAACGUGCACAAUGACCACAAUGAUAUAAGUAGAAAGAUCAAGAAUCCCAAACUAAAUUCUGUGUAAUAAUGGCCAACCUUGUCCAGAAGGGAUGAGAAAAUGGACCUCUCUCUCCUUUCCUUACAAAGGCACAGGAGUAGUUAAUAUUGCCUACUUGGAAAUGUCAAUUCGUUUUGUUGAAGAGCUUUGGGUUCUUAUUUUUUACUAGAAGGGAUGGUCUUUUGAAGAGGGGUGUAUUUAGAAAUUAAGUGCUGUAAAAACAAAAGAUGUAUACAUUGAGAUUUUCCCAAGAGUUCUAGGGAAAAUAAAAGCGGGGGGGGGG